UAUCACGCUACUGUUUGCCAUCUCUCAUUCCCAAAAACAUCGAUCAGCAGCACACAUUCAAAGGGAAACAAAAAUCAAUAUUUCACGAUUCAUUUGUUUGUUUGAUUUUUCAUUCUGGUUUUUGCUGAAAAGCCACAUUGUCAGGUACCCGUAUGAUUGCCGUAAGAUUGUUUUGAUCGAAUUCUGCGUUCUGAAUUUAGGUUUUGAUUUACGGAGCAGUGCGGCUUUAGGAUAAGACUCCUAUUAUUCUUCAAGUUCAAGGAAACGGAUGGCUGGCCUUCAAGAUAUUGGUCUUUCCGCAACUAUCAAUCUUUUGUCUGCAAUUGCAUUCCUCGUGGCAUUUGCAAUAUUGCGGCUUCAACCAAUAAAUGAUAGAGUUUACUUUCCAAAAUGGUACUUGAAGGGAAUAAGAGGCAGUCCAACCCACUCUGGAGCACUUGUGAGCAAAUUUGUCAAUUUGGAUGCCCGAACAUACAUUAAAUUUCUGAAUUGGAUGCCAGCAGCUUUAAGAAUGCCAGAGCCAGAGCUUAGUGAUCAUGCAGGACUUGAUUCUGCUGUUUAUAUACGGAUUUACCUUCUGGGGUUGAAAAUUUUUGUCCCGAUAACUUUACUCGCCUUUUCCAUUCUGGUGCCAGUCAAUUGGACUGGAGACACAUUAGAGCAUGUCAAGGAUUUGGUGUUCAGUGAUAUUGACAAGCUGUCAAUCUCAAACAUUCCAUCCGGAUCAAAAAGGUUUUGGGCACAUGUGGUAAUGGCUUAUGUCUUCACAGGUUGGACAUGGUAUGCUCUGUACAAGGAGUACAAAACAAUUGCCACAAUGCGGUUGCAAUUUUUAGCAUCAGCAAAUCGUCGACCAGAUCAAUUUACGGUCCUUGUGAGGAACGUUCCUCCAGAUCCCGAUGAAUCAGUCAGUGAGCACGUUGAACAUUUCUUCUGUGUGAAUCAUCCUGAUCAUUAUCUCAUGCAUCAGGUUGUAUGCAAUGCAAAUAACCUUGCAAAGUUGGUUGCAAAGAAGAAGAGUUUGCAGAAUUGGUUAACCUACUACCAUAAUAAAAAUGAGAGAAAUCCUUCAACCAAGUCAACUACAAAGACAGGAUUUUGUGGUCUUUGGGGAACUAGAGUUGAUGCAGUUGAUUACUAUACUUCAGAGAUUGAAAAACUGAGCAAAGAAGAAGAGGCUGAAAGAGUAAGGGUUUUAAGUGAUCCUAAGGCAAUAGUUCCAGCAGCAUUUGUUUCAUUUAAAUCCAGAUGGGGAGCAGCUCUCUGUGCCCAGACUCAGCAAUCAAGUAAUCCUACUAUUUGGCUGACUGAAUGGGCUCCAGAGCCACGUGAUAUUUAUUGGAAUAAUCUUUCAAUACCAUAUGUCGAACUCACCAUUCGAAGAUUGCUCAUGGCCAUUGGUCUAUUUUUCCUGACUUUCUGCUUCAUGAUUCCUAUUGCAUUCGUUCAAUCUCUUGCGAACAUUGAGGGGAUUGAGAAAGUUUUACCUUUCUUGAAACCUAUUAUAGAAACCAAGUUCAUGAAGUCUUUGAUACAGGGCUUUCUUCCAGGGAUUGCGCUGAAGAUAUUCCUUAUUUUACUACCAACAAUUCUGAUGACAAUGUCCACAGUAGAAGGAUUUACGUCACUUUCAUCUUUGGAGAGGCGAUCUGCUGGAAAAUAUCACUUGUUUAUACUUGUCAAUGUGUUCCUUGGAAGCAUUAUCACUGGAACAGCCUUACAACAGCUUAAAAGUUUUCUUAAUAAGCCCCCAACAGAGAUUCCAAGAAUCGUUGGUGAGUCUAUCCCAAUGAAAGCCACUUUCUUCAUCACUUAUAUAAUGGUUGAUGGCUGGGCUGGAAUCGCCGCAGAGAUCCUUAGACUGGUACCAUUAGUAAUGUUCCACCUGAAGAACACAUUUCUUGUUAAGACUGACCAAGAUAGAGAUGACGCGAUGGAUCCUGGUUCCUUGGGCUUUGCUACAUCUGAACCUCGGAUUCAAUUUUACUUCUUGUUGGGAUUUGUGUACGCUGUUGUGACGCCCAUACUUCUUCCUUUCAUCAUUGUCUUCUUUGCUUUUGCCUAUUUGGUAUUUCGUCAUCAGAUCAUUAACGUCUAUGACCAAAAAUAUGAGAGUGGAGCUUCAUUCUGGCCAGAUGUGCAUCGACGCUUAAUAAUUGGUUUAGUAAUAUCUCAACUUCUUUUGUUGGGAUUGUUGAGCACAAAAAAGGCCGAAGAUUCAACACCAUUUCUCGUGGCUUUACCUAUUCUUACAAUUUGGUUCCAUAGAUUCUGUAAGGGACGUUUCGAAUCUGCAUUUGUAAAAUUUCCAUUACAGGAUGCAAUGGUAAAGGACACUCUUGAACGGGCUACAGAACCAAACCUAAACUUAAGACUUUAUCUUCAGGAUGCAUACAUACACCCAGUCUUCAAGGGUGGUGAACUGGACAGACCGCGGGUCAUUGAUGAGGAAGAGAACAGCCCCCUCGUGCCAACAAAGAGGACUUCUAAUAAGGGUAGUAGUAGAUAUGGUUCUGAUGUCAGUUCUGAAGCUGGUUUUCAGACCAAUAUUUAGCUAGCUUUAGUGGUUAGUUCUUCUUUUCAUUUAUGAUUUUUUUCAUGGAGGAAACACAUCAGAAUCCACAUAAACUCGAGGAGCCAUGGUGUCAAAAGAAUUUUGCUUGAACCAAAAAUUCUACUUGAUCUAGAUGUCUUUCUUUUUCUGAUAUUAAAGUUAUCAGAAAUCUGUUUUUCUGUGUUCAUGGGAAUGAUAAAUUCAGUCCUGGUUAAUGCAACGUAGACUGCAUAAAGAUUUCUGGAUCGAUCAAGGUAGAGCAUAGGCCAGGCUCAUGUAUGUGUUUUUCAGUCUCUGAAAUGGACAGGAAUA